AAUGGAAAUUGUAUAUUUCUAUGCUGAGGUAAAAAAAUUUAAUUUACCUGCCGCUGUUUCCGGUCUAGAACUCGCCGCCUGUAAUAAUCCGUUCCGAGAAUCUGGUUGUCUAGCAAUUUGCCAAGCAGUUGCGGCUAUUGAAGGGCUCAUUGGAGUUUUUACGGCCCCGCCUGAAUUACUAGCGUUAGGCGUCGAGCUAGGGGGUACCGGAGCAGGUUCAGCCCAAGGAAGGUGUUUUACCGUAUCAGCUUUCAAAUGGAAACCUGCGUUUGAAAAAAAUCAGCCUAUUAAAGUUUAUUGA